AUGAAAAACAUCAUCGACAAACUGGCAAAUUUUGUGGCAAGAAAUGGCCCCCAGUUUGAAGAGAUGACCAAACAGAAGCAGAAAGAUAAUCCAAAAUUUGCUUUCUUGUUUGGUGGUGAAUACUAUACUUACUACAAGUUUCGAGUGGCUUCUGAAAUAGCUCGUGAGUACAUUAACAUUUCACCUUACUUUCACUGUCCACUGUUAACUCAGUUUUUCCCUCAUGUGCAGGCGCAGGCUCAAGUGACCCAGUUGCAGACACACAUCCAGGAGCAGGUGUCCCAGAGUGAGAACAAUCUGGCAGCUCAGUACCAGGUGCUCAUGCAGCAGCAGCAGAACCAAAUUCAGGAUACCAUAGUCAAGAGCCUGGAGAACAAACUGUCCUCUCUGCUGCAAGAGUGUGAGCUGACGAUUGAAGACUUCAAUGGGGCCUUCCAACCAAUUAUAGAAUCCUGUACCAAGGACGCAAUACUGGCUGGCAAGAACUGGAUCAUGCAGAGAACUUCUUCAGACAAGUUUUGUAAUGCUUUGGCUCAGUAUUUCUUAAAGAGGAUCACCUCAAAGGAAGCCCCGUUUCAGCUGAGGCUUCACCUGAUUUACCUCAUCAAUGAUGUCAUGCAUCAUUGUGUCAGGCGCAACGUAGAGAACCUUCGUAUGGCGCUAGAAACAGUGGUCGUUCCAAUCUUCUGUACCUCAAGUCUGAGUGCCGAUGAAGACAAGGUCCAGAAAUUGAAUAAGUUGCUGGAACUAUGGGAGAAGAAUAAAUACUUUGGACCUGAUACUCUUGAGAAAAUGAAAGAUCCAAGUCAGGCAUUGUCUGGUUAUCAGGCUAACUUGAUCACAGAGAAUGCCCAGGCAGUGACAGCCAUCACCCAAGCCAUCCAGCAGCAGUACAGUUCUCUGGAGAAACAGCAUCAGGACUUUGUUGCUCAUCUCAAUCUCCAGCUGGCCACGGCCCAGCAACAGCUACAAGUCCUAAUGGCCCAGUCUGGCGAUGGAGGUGGUCUUUCUGCAUCUUCAACUGCUGGGGUCCCUCCAUCCUUGCCCUUGAUGACACCACUAGCCACGCACCAGCAAGUCCCAGGAGGAAUACUGCCAUAUCAUCCAACCAACAGCAUGGUUAAUGAUCAGGUAUCUGGUUACAAUCAGAAUGGAGGACCCGGAGGUAUGGGUCCAGGACCGAACAUGUAUGGUGGUCUCCAGCAUGGGUCUCAGCAGCCGCAGCAGUUUGAAUAUAACCACGGGUCUAGCAUGGCCAUGUUGCCGCCAGAUAUGCAAGGAGGAUCUGGUCUGAUGCCAUUGCCUGACUUCAGCAAGCCACCACCAGGCUUCCCUCCACUGGGGCCUCCACCACCGGGUCUGCCUCCAUUAAUGUCACAGUCAGAUCUGGACCUCACACCUUCAAUGCCAUACUAUGAUCUCCCUGCAGGCUUGAUGGCACCUUUGAUUAGGUUGGAGGACUUUGAAUACAAGCCCCUUGAUCCCAAAGACAUUCGCUUGCCGCCUCCAAUGCCUCCCACAGAGCGACUGCUCGCUGCUGUAGAAGCAUUCUACCAACCACCCUCUAGAGAACGACCCAGAGAUGUAGAUGGAUGGGAGAAGCUAGGGCUGUACGAGUUUUUCAGGGCCAAACAACGGGCUAGAAGAAUGAAGGAGGAAGGAUGGGACUCAAGGUCGUGUUCUCCCACAGGUUCACCAAGGCGCCAAGAAAACAGUCCUCCCCGAAGGAGGUUUAACAGCGAGGAGAGACGACAGAGCAUGUUCAGGUCGCGGUCAAAUUCCCGAUCAAGAUCGAGGUCUCGGUCCAGUUCAAGAUCUGCUUCAGGCAGCCCCAGGAGACGCCAGGCUAGGUCCCCGUCAAGAUCACAGUCACCUCUGCCCUACCUGAGGUCAAGUCGAUCCCCGACACCUGGCAGACGCUCCCUGUCGCGUGGCAGAAGUCCAACACCACCUUCAUUCAUACCCUCUUUUGCUCAGCCAAUUCCUGAUAUGAGACUAGGAGAAGAGAACAAGGGGCAUCAACUGUUGAAGAAGAUGGGCUGGGGAGGUCGCGGGCUGGGCGCCGAGGAGCAGGGCAUGACUGACCCAGUGGAGGCAGCGGAGAUUCGAGACCGCACUGAUAUGCAUAAGGGAAUUGGCAUCGACUUGAGAGAUCCAUUUGACCAGUUCCGCAAAAAUAAAAGCCAAGGUUUCAUACAUCGUAUGAAGACAAGGGACGAUGAGAAACCCAAGAAGAAGUCUAGAUUCAAUGAUUGA